AUGAGGGAGUUUUUUGCAUACAGAAUCAUUGAGCGCUAUAACCAAUUCAAUGCUCUUAUGUUCUCCGGGAAACUGUUUCAGCAAUUUCUGGUGGAUGGUUAUACAAUGAUAGAAGCAGAAAGAAUUGGAUAUCUCAAGCUAAACCAGAAGGCAUUACGUGCAGAUAAAUACAUCAACGUUUCAGCUUAUGCUGAAAAUGGAAACCAAGAUUCUACAAAGUGUGGAAAGAGAAUCGUCUUACCUUCAACAUAUGUGGGAGAAUUAUUCAUUACAUUCACUUGCAAUCCUAAAUGGCCGGAGAUUACAAGACAUCUCCAAGAACGACGACUACAAUCACAAGACAGAGCUGACAUUUUGUCCCGAGUCUUCAAGAUGAAGUUAGAUAGUCUCAUAUUUGAAAUACAUAACAAAAACUUUUUUGGUUCAUCAAGAGGAGUAAUAUAUACGAUAGAAUUCCAGAAACGAGGCCUUCCUCAUGCCCACAUUCUGCUAUGGCUGAAGCCGCGUUCAAAAAUGCCUACAACAAGUGACAUUGACAAAGUCAUUUCUGCUGAAAUUCCUGAUCAAGCCACUGACCCAAUACUCUAUGAGAUAGUGACAGAACUCAUGAUUCAUGGUCCAUGUGGGUUAGCAAAUCCACGAUCACCUUGCAUGGACAAAGGGAAAUGCACCAAGAGAUUUCCAAAAGACUUCUCGAAUGAUACAUAUCUCAAUAAAGAAGGGUUCCCAGUUUAUCGCAGAAGAAAUGAUGGGCGUUUUGUUGAAAAAAGCGGAGUUCCUAUAAACAAUCGGUUUGUAAUUCCUUACAAUCCCCAUUUACUCCUGAAAUAUCAUGCACAUAUAAAUGUUGAAUGGUGCAACCAGACAAGAGCAAUCAAGUAUUUGUUCAAAUACAUCAAUAAAGGUAAUGAUAGAGUCACUGCAGCAGCAUCAAUUCCUAAAGAAGUUCCAACAAAUGAGGUUGGAGGUGAGACGAAUGUCAUAGACGAAAUUAAGCGGUAUUUUGAUUGCAGGUAUGUAUCACCUGGUGAAGGAUCUUGGCGAAUAUUUGGCUUUGAGAUUCAUCACAGCAGCACAACUGUUCAAAGAUUGGCGGUUCAUUUACCAGGAGAGCACCAUAUGACAUACGAAAGUGAUGAUGACGUUGACGACAUUUUAGCUAAAGAGGCUAAUCAAACGUCACAACUUUUAGAGUGGAUGAAAAUGAACGAGCGAGAUGAAGAAGCAAGACAGUUGGGUUACAUUGAGUUUCCAUUAUUCUAUGUCUGGAACAAGAAACCUAAAGGAUGGACGAAACGUGAGAGGAAUACAGCUGUUGGGCGAAUCCAUUUUGUUUCACCAGGUUCCGGUCAAUUAUUUUAUCUAAGGCUGCUACUAACCAAGGUUAAAGGUCCCACAAGAUUUGAGGAUAUUAAAACCAUUGAUGGAGUUGAGUACCCGAGCUUUCAAGAUGCAUGUUAUGCUUUAGGCCUCCUUGACGACGACCAAAAGUAUAUUGAUGCUAUCAUGGAAGCUAGCAAUUGGGGAUCAGCCACUUUCCUGCGUAAAUUGUUUAUGAGGCUCUUAAGCUCACAAAAGCUAGAGUUAUCGGAAGACCAGCUAGAGAAUCUAGCAUUACUUGAAAUUGAGAAGCUUCUACGGUCAAACGGGAGUAGUCUAAAAAACCAUACUUCAAUGCCUCAACCAGUGAACAAUAAUGUUCCAUCUACAGUAAACAGAUUGAUUUGUGAAGAGAAGUGUUAUAACCGAGCUUUAUGCGCUGAAAAGCAUCAACAGCUACUGACGUCACUAACAGAUGAACAAAGGAAUGUUUAUGAUCGUAUAGUGGCUUCUGGUGAAUCUCAAUCUGGAGGUGUUUUUUUUGUUAAUGGUUUUGGAGGUACCGGAAAGACUUAUCUUUGGAAGACUUUGUCUACAUACAUCAGAUCUAAAGGAGAAAUUGUCAUCAAUGUAGCUUCCAGUGGAAUGGCAGCUUUGCUGUUAGAUGGAGGACGAACUGCUCAUUCACGUUUAUCAAUACCCAUACAAGUAAACGAAAGUACUGUAUGCAAUUUUACCCCCGGUAGUGAGCUAGCUGAGUUACUAUUGGAAUCCAAGUUGAUUAUCUGGGAUGAAGCCCCGAUGCUGCAUAGAAAUUGUUUUGAGGCUUUUGAUAGAAGUUUGAGAGAUAUAUCACGAGCAGCAAAGGUCCCUAAUGCUGAAAGUCCAUUUGGUGGGAAGACUGUUGUUUUUGGAGAUGAUUUUCGCCAAGUGUUGCCUGUUAUUCCUAAAGGGAGUAGGGGUCAAAUUGUUCAAGCUUCCCUUACUUCUUCAGUGUUGUGGCGCUAUUGUACAGUACUUUCUCUAACAAAAAAUAUGAGGCUAUCAGUUGAUGCAGACCCUGCAGAGAAUGAGUCCAUCAAAGCAUUUUCAGAAUGGAUUUUGAAACUCGGAGAUGGAAAGCUAUCGGAACCAAACAAUGGUGAGGCUGAGAUCAGUAUCCCAAGUGAUGUGCUUCUUAUGGACUCACAUGAUCAUAUUGCUUCAAUCACCAAUGCCAUUUAUCCAUCAUUGGUUCAAAAUCUAAGAGAAGAAUCUUUCUUUAAAGAUCGUGCAAUACUUUGUCCUACUAAUGAUGUUGUCGAGGAGGUCAACAAUCACAUAAUGGAUCUUCUCCCUGGGGAGUCAAAGGAAUACUACAGCUCAGACAGAAUAUGUCGUUCUGAUACUACCACAAUCAGAGAUAAUAAUGUCUCCGUUGAAUUCCUAAAUUCAAUAAAAUGUUCUGGACUACCAAACCAUGUUCUUAAGUUGAAGAUAGGAGUUCCUGUGAUGCUUUUAUGGAACAUUGACCAGAACAAUGGUUUGUGUAAUGGGAUAAGAUUACAGAUAACUAAGAUGGGAGAACAUGUUUUGGCAGCACGAGUCAUUACCCAAAUCGAAAGCGGUGGUUCAGACAAUGUAGUCUAUAUUGCAAGAACGUUGCUCACACCUACAGAUGUGAAAUUUCCUUUUCAAUUUCAACGGAGACAAUUUCCCAUAUCUCCUUGCUUUGGAAUGGCCAUUAACAAGAGUCAGGGUCAGAGUUUAUCUCAUGUUGGAAUCUAUUUGCCAAGACCAGUUUUUACUCAUGGACAACUUUACGUUGCUGUGUCAAGAGUUAAAAGUAGAAAAGGUCUAAAGAUCUUAAUUGUUAAUGGAGAGGGGGAAAGGGAUACCAAAACAACUAAUGUUGUUUUCAAAGAGAUAUUCCAGAAAAUCAGAUAA